AAUGACAACAACAACCAAUUUCCCCUGAUAGCAGGCUCUCAGAAUUGAAUAGUUUUCCUUUCUUUGGAGUAAACAGUUGACUAACUCAAACCUGUAUGAUUCGAUGCAAGCAGAAAGUAGGCUCUAGAAAAUAUUUAAUGGAUAAAAUUUUGACUUGAAAAGUUGUAUAAACAAACUCAGUCCAGUGAGAGCGACUACCUCUGUUUGAUCUAGUAAGGGAAGCCAAUGGGAGGGAGGGAGUCCGCACAUCCAAGACCAAAUCACUUAUUCAAAACAUAUAUUUUAAUUUUAUCAGCAAAUUCUCACUCCAUGGAAAUUCUUAAGGUGCAGAUACUGCCCAUUCAAGCAACAACCUCUUCUCAUACAUCAAUGUUGCAUAAAUAUUGCCCAAAAGUCGUCUCCUUCCCUUCUUUCUUUUGUUUUUAUAUUGUCUCUGACUUUCAUUCUGCUCAGCUCAGGCUAGAAAAUCACUAGUUGAUUGUAUCUGUUUCUGAUGCAUUCGGCUGUUCAGAAGCUCAAAAAAAUGAGAACCCAUCUCUCAUUGCCCUCCUUCGGCCUAAAUCACACGAUCAGCAACAUCUUGUUCAUCUCCUUCAUCGCGUUCCAUCUUGCGCCAUCCUUUGGCGAUGAUGCCGUCGACGAAUUUAAAGCCUGCGGUGUCAGUUACAAUUGCGGAGAAUUGGUAAACAUAACAUAUCCCUUCUGGGGGAAUGAGAGGCAGGGGUUUUGCGGGCGACGAGAAUUCGAGCUAAACUGCAAACGAAACCGAACCACCACGAUUCAAAUCAAUUCAUUCGAAUACAACGUCCUGAGAAUCAACCAAUCGGGUCACAGAAUGACAAUCGCAAGAUCAGACCUCCUCGACGAUUACUGCCCGAAACACAAACACCAAAUCGAAACGGCGACGCUGGAUUACCAUCUGUUCAUGUAUUCUUCGAACAAUCGGAACGUCUCCGUGUGGUACAAUUGCCAGCCGCAAGAGGGAAUUCCGGACGAUUACAGAUUUUGGUGCGGGUGGGAAGGGGAAAGAAAUGGGAGUGGGAAUAAUUAUGCCUUUGAAGCGGCGGCGAUGAAUUUGAGCAGAAAUAUGAGAGGGUGCGGGAUGAAGAUCGAAGUGACGGUUACGACAGAAGUAUUGAAAGAAGGUUCAAAUAACAGGAGGAGAUUAGUGGAGAAGGCUGUGAGAGGAGGGUUCGACGUGGAAUACGGGAAUUUGUAUACGGUGGCGUGCAACGAUUGCGAGAAAAAUGGCGGCAAGUGUGGAGGAAACGGAACGGACCCAUUUUACUGCAUCUGUGGAAGUGGAGUCUGCGGAUCUGAUCCGGCUCCUGUUGUACUUGCUUCAGGAGGCUUCAUUUUAGCAAUAUUCGUCACCAUCGUCAUGCUCGUCUACUACAUAGUGAAAUGCUACAUAAACAAAGACAAAACUGAAGAAAUUAUCCGGAAAAAUUCCAAACAAACACCCAAGCGAUACAGUUACUCAAAGCUGAAGAAAGUCACAAAUUCCUUUAAGAACAAGCUCGGCCAAGGAGGAUUUAGCACCGUUUACAAAGGAAAGCUAUCAGACGGCCGCGACGUGGCUGUGAAGCUUUUGAAUCAAUCCACAGAAGAUGGCCAAGAUUUUAUCAAUGAAGUUGUAAGCAUCACCAAAACUUCGCACGUAAACAUAGUAACUCUCUUGGGUUUCUGCUAUGAGGGGAAAAAAAGAGCUUUGAUUUAUGAGUAUAUGCCCAAAGGGUCAUUGGAUAAGUACAUAACCCACAAAAGACUGCAGAAAAAUGAAGUCAAAUUGGAUUGGAACACACUCUGUAACAUUGUUAUUGGCAUCGCUCGAGGCUUAGAGUACUUGCACCGAGGCUGCAACACAAGGAUUGUGCAUUUUGACAUAAAGCCACACAACAUUCUUCUGGACGAUGAGCUUCGCCCCAAAAUCUCAGACUUUGGGCUUGCCAAGCAAUGCAAAACCAAACAGAGUUACGUGUCGCUGACAGGGGCGAAGGGGACGGUAGGAUUCAUGGCGCCUGAAGUAAUAUUUAGAAACGUUGGCAAGGUUUCCCAUAAGUCUGAUGUUUAUAGCUAUGGAAUGUUGGUUCUUGAUAUGGUGGGGGAAAGAAAGAAUCAGAAUGGAGGGGUGGGGGAGAGCAGUGAAGAGUACUUCCCUGAUUGGAUAUAUAAGAAUCUUGCAGGGAGUGUACGGUGGGGCAACACAAGGGAAGAAGAGAAAAUGGCGAGAAAAAUGAUCAUAGUGGGGCUGUAUUGCAUUCAAACAUUGCCGGAGGAGAGGCCGUCGAUGAGUGAUGUGGUGGCAAUGUUGGAAGGGAAUGGCGAUGGCUUACAGAUUCCGCCGAAACCGACCUUAUUUGGACCGCCUACGGCUGAGCUGCCCAAACCUUCUUCUUCUUCAUCUUCUUUUUCAUCAUCCAGAUCGUACCUUAAGACACUGGCUUUAGGUGCUCUCUGUGUUGGAGGCUCAGGAGAAGAUCGAUGAUGUGCUGGUGAAGGAUGGUCCUGUGCCACAAUGUCUGGAUUCUGUUAAUGUGCCUUGAAUUAGCAAAUCCUCAACUCCAAAAUGGCUGUGGCUAAGUUUUUUGUUCGUUUGUGGUUUUCAUGGUAAAAUAGGUGUUUAAGCUUCAAUAGCACUGCCUCUUCCUUUUUGUUUUUCCACCAAUUUUUAAGGUUGAUCAGAUGUACAUAUUUGAGAUUGAACGUAAAGCUCAUGUUGCCAUUAUUCUCCAUCCGCUUCAAAUAUAUAAUAUGAUCUGAUGGCAAGGAGAAAGGUACCUCUGGAAAAUAAUUAAUGGCGAUGGCUUGGAAUUUGGAAAAUA